AUGGCGGCACUGCUGCUGCAGGAGUUGGAGCCUUCCGAGCUAUCAAAGAUACCAAAAACCGUUCAGAACAAACUCGAGAGGCUUUUGUCGGACCAGCUCUAUGAAAUAGAUUAUGUAAAAGCACAACAGGAACAAUUUCGCGUUGACAGCGAACAACAAUUCUUUGAAAAGGUGAAACAACUCUCUCAGAGUCAAGAAGACUAUUUGUCCCAGAAUCAAGAACAUCUUCAACUCAAAGAGGAGUUUAAAGAGCAAGAGGAAGAUCUUAAAAGUGUGCGUGAGAAGAAUGGAGAAUAUGAAUCCUCUCACGCGAGGCUGUCAUCUGAGCAGAUUUUGCUGGCAAAGGCCAAAGAAGAACUGGAGACCGAAAAGCGAGAACUUGUGCGAACUCUGGAGAGGAGGUCCUUGGAAGUGGAGCAUUUAAAUGAUGACUUCAGGCAACUCAAUGACAAGAUGGUGGAGGUCAACACCUCCAAGAUGGCCCUCCAGAUGAAGUUGGAUGAACUUGAAUCGGCUGAAGUCAACAUCAAAUACAAGGAGAAGCGUAUGAAUCAGGAGAAGGAGCUGCUGAACAACCAGACCACUUGGCUCAACCACGAGUUGCAAGCGAAGAGCGAGGAGCUGCUGGCCCUCUCCCGGCAGAAGGGCAACGACAUCCUGGAGCUGAAAUGCAAGCUGGAGAACAAGGAAGACGAGUUGAACCGACAACAAGACCAAUUGGCAAGUUUCAAGAAUUCAAACGAGAACCUUCAGAAACGCAACGAGGACGUGAUCGGCACAUUGAAAGAAGCCAAAGAACAACAAGCCACCGUGGAGGAGAAGUUCAGAAACGAGCUGAACGCUAACAUCAAGCUUUCCAAUCUAUACAAGGGAGCGUCGGCGGAUUCUGAGGCAAAGAGUACCGAGCUGAGUGGCGCCGUGGAGGAGCUGCACAAGCUGCUGAAAGACGCCGGAGAAGCCAACAAGGCCCUGGAAGAGACGCUGCAGGAGAUGAACGGCGCCACGGACCAGAGCGUGGCCGAGCUGAAGGAGAGGGUCCGCGCUCUGGAGAAGGAGCUGGACGACGCCAACGAGCUGCUGUCCAGCGCCAAACUCAGAGGCCCUCUUGGCAUCACGUCUCUGAUCGCAGAGGAGCAAAUGACGACGAUGUCUCCAACGGCGGCGACUGUAUCCAAGAUAAAGCCCGGCAUGAAGCUGACGGAGCUGUACACGGCGUACGUGGAGAGCCAGGAGCAGCUGCAGUUGGAGCGACUGGAGAACAAGCGAGUCAACAAGUACCUGGACGACAUCGUGCAGGAGGUGGAGGCCAAAGCGCCGAUCCUCAAGCGGCAGAGGGACGAGCACGAGCGCAUGCAGAAGUCGGUGGUCAGUCUGUCCGCCAAGCUGGAGCAGGCUGUGAAGGAGGUGCAUCGUCUACAGAAGGAAGCCGACGAAGCCAACAAGCGCUCCUCCGUACUGGAGAGGGACAACCAGAGGUGCGAGCUGCAGCUGGGAGACAUGGCGCAACAGGUGCGUGUGCUGCUGAUCGAGCUGGAAGAGGCUCGCGGGAACUACGUGAUCCACGAGGAGGAGGAGGUGAGCUCGGCCGACGUCAGCAGCACAUCGGAGGUGAUCAGCCAACACCUGGUGACCUUCCGCGGCGUCGAGGAGCUCCAGAAGCAGAACCAGCGCCUCCUGGUGGCCCUCAGGGAGCUGAGCGACGCCCAGGAGAAGGAGGAGCUUGAGGCCUCGGGCGAUAAGCGUGGUGAACUGGAGCAGCGCUUUGACAAAGCCAAGCUGGAGCUGGAGACCCUGAACGAGCAGCGCAGCGAGCAGGUGAAGGUCACCGAGUCCAUCGUGAGGCAGAGGGACUUGUACCGGGUGCUGCUGGCUCAGGCCACCGGAGUCAGCUUCCCUCAGCAGGGUGCACAACCCGAGGAGUUCACCCUGACCUCCACCCCCCGGUGCUCACCUGCAGCCAUUCCCACCGCGGGAACGCCCACUUCCCUCGUGUCCAUGGGGAAGGAGUCUUCCGAAGCCUUGGAGGCCAAGGCGGCUUUGCAACAGUUGCAAGAAGUGUUUUCUGCCUACAAGAAGGAGCGCAUGGAGUGUAACAAGGCCACGGCGGAGCAGAACGAGAAGCUCCAGGAGCAGCUCUCUGACCUCCACGCCCAGAACUCUAAGAUAUCCACCCAGCUCGAGUUUGCCUCGAAGAGGUACGAGAUGCUUCAGGACAACGUGGAGCGCUACAGGAAAGAGAUCGCCUCCCUCAGAGAGAAAGGCCAGAAGAUGGCCGCCGCCGCACAGAGGCACGAGCAGACCAGCCACACUCUGAACGAGGAUCUGAAGGCUGCCCGAGAGAAGCUCACCAUGGCUGAGGGCCGCGCCGAGAGUCUCCGGAAGGAGAGGGACCUGCUGAAGCUCGUGGAGUCUCAACUGAACCAGGAGAGGGAGUCCAUCCUGAGCCACCAACAGAGCCAGAGCCUGCUGAUGGCCAACCUCCAGGCAAUUCAGGCCACUCUCGAGCGCUCGGAGGCCGAGACGCACCGACGUCUGAACGGCCAGGUGGAGAAGCAGGAACGAGAGAUCUCCCAGCUGCAGAAGAGGCUGGAGCACGAGGUGGAGCAGCGCCACCUGCUCAGCAGGAACCAGGAAAUCCAGUUGAUGGAGGUAAAGAGGCAGCUGGAGCUGCAGGUUCCGACCCACCAGAGGACCAAAGAGCUGCUGAGCGGCGCCGAGCUGGAGCUCAACACCCUCCGGCUGCAGCUGGGCAGCAGCGAGCGGCGCCACAGCCUGAGCUCCCCCCCCACAACCAGCGCCAGAGGCCUGCUGCCGGGGUCUGAUCACGACCGCGAGGACCUGCAGGGCCGCCUGCGGCUCGCCGAGUCCCGGUCCUUGGAGCUGGCGGAGAGCCUCCGGGUGGCCACGGCCAGCGUGGAUCAGUACCGGGCCAUGGCCCAGAGCCUGGAGGAGUCCCUGGACAAAGAGAAACAGGUAACGGAGCAGGCGCGCUCGUCCAUCGAGGCUCGCAUGAAGGAGGCCGAGCGGCAGCACCGCCGGCUGGAGGAGAAGCUUCUGGAGGCGGAGAAGGAUAAACUCUCCACGGAGGAGCAGAAGAAGAGAGCCCUGGCCUCCCUCGAGGAACAGAUGAGCAGCCUGAGGAGGAGACUCUGCAGCGCUCAGGCCGACCACCAGGCGGCGCUGCAGCAGGUCAACGUGGCUGAAGCCCAGCAGCAGCAGGCGCUGCAGGACAGCCGAGAGCAGGCUAAGCUGGCGUUUGAAGCGCAAGACAAGUACGAGCGUGAGAUGAUCCUGCACGCGGCCGACGUGAAGGCCCUGCAGGCCGCCACGGCUCAGGCCACGCAGGCCGCGGAGCUCCGACACCAGCUGGACGAGAGAGCCCAGCGGGUCGGCGCCGAGCUGCUGGAGGCCCGGGUCUCCUGGGAGGAGCAGGAAAAGAUCCUGAAGGAGGAGAUGUCAAAGAUGGAGAUCCGCUCCGAGGAGCUGCAGAGGCAGAACACCCUCCUGCACGAGCAGAUCCAGACCAUGAGCAGCAAGAUGGCCGACAAGUUGCAGCAGGCGGUCAGCGAGAGUCCGUUGAACAUCUCCCUGACCGAGGAGGGCAAGUCUCAAGACCAGGUCCUGGAGAUUCUCAGGUUUGUGCGUCGAGAGAAAGAGAUUUCUGAGUCUCGCUUCGAGGUCGCCCAAGGGGAGAGUCUGCGUUACCGUCUGCGGGUGGAGCAUCUGGAGCGAGAGCUGAAGGAGGUGCAGGACAGCUUGAGUGCUGCGAAGGAGAGGAUGCAGGUGGUGACGGCGAAGACACUGGCUCAGCACGACGAGCUGAUGAAGAAGACUGAGACGAUGAGCAUCCUGAUGGAGACCAACAAGAUGCUGCGUGAGGAGAGGGACAAGCUGGAGCAAGAGCUGCACCAAACCCAAGCUAAGGUACAAAAGCUGGAGUCCGACAUCAUGCCGCUGCAGCAGGCCAACUCCGAGCUGAGCGAGAAGAGCGGCAUGCUGCAGGCGGAGAAGAAGAUCCUCGAGGAGGAGAUCAAGCGCUGGAAGGCUCGGACCCAGCAUUUGGUGAGCCAGCAAAAGGAUUCUGACCCCGAGGAGUACAAGCGUCUGCACUCUGAGAAGGAGGCCAACCUGAAACGCAUCCUGCAGCUCACUGAGGAGAGCACCAGGCUCAAAGCAGAGGUGGCCAGGACCUAUAUUCUCACGACGUCUCUGCAAAGCCAGAUGCAGAAUAUGAGUAAGAUAACCGAGGAGAGGAACAAGCUGAAGAAGGAAGCGGAAACCAAGAACCAGGAACUCCAGGAGAAAGUGAAGACCAUCACUCAGGUGAAGAAGAUUGGACGCCGCUACAAGAUGCAGUACGAUGAACUCAAGUUGGAGCACGACAAGCUGGUAGCCGAGGCGGCGGCGGGCCCGUCCCAAGAAGAAGAGGCUCGCCAAGCCUCGGUCCAGGAGCUGCAGAGCCUCCGAGACGCUCUGAGCCAGACGGAGGCCAAGACCAGAGAGCUGGAGGGGCAGCUGGAGACCAGCAGCAAGGCGGCUGCAGAGCGUGAGACUGAAGGCCGUGGCGCCCAGGAGCAGUCGAUCCGGCUGCAGGCGGAGCUCGCCAGGCUGAGGCAGGAGCUGCACGACAAGGCGUCUCACGAGGACACGCUGAGGCAGCAGAUGACCGACAAGGAGGACAAGACCAGGAAGGCCAUCGUCUACGCCAAGCAGAAGAUCAACCAGCUCACAAGCUCCAAAGACCAGCUGCACAAGGAAAACGAGGAGCUGAAGCAGCAGCGCGAGGAGCUGGAGGUGCGAGUGGGCGCUCUGAAGUCUCAGUUCGAAGGUCGCCUGAGUCGCCAGGAGAGGGAACUGAGAGACCUGAGGGGUCAGCAGGAGAGGCAGGAGCAGAGGGACGAGCCACCGGAGGCCGGGCCCUGCAAGACCCAGGAGCAGCAGAGGAGUACCGAGCAGAGGCAGAUCAGCCUGAAGACGACCCCGGCGGCAGACAGGGGGAGCGCCAGCACAUCCGAGCCGCCCACCGCCAACAUUAAGCCGACGCCCGUGGCGACGUCGAGCAAGCAGCCCGUGAACCCGGGCAACAAGCCCCCCCCGAGGGCGAGCAUCCGGCCCAUGAUCACCCCGGCCACCGUCCCCACCCCGACCCCCACCGCCACCGUCAUGCCCACCACGCAGGCGGAGACCCAAGAAGCCAUGCAGUCCACCGAGGGCCCGCCGGUGGAGCACGUGACCGUGUACGGCAGCGGCUCGGUUCGCUCCGCCAGCCCCAACGUCCAGAACACGCUGACCAGCGCCAUGCUGACGGGGCAGCAGACGCAGACCACGGCGUUCGUCCAGCCCACGCAGCAGCAGAGCGUGAGCCACGCGGAGCCGGCCAAUCAGGAGCCGCCGCCGCCCAUGGUCAUCGAGGCGACGCCCAGCUCGCAGGUGGAAUGGCCCUCGACGUCUUCCUCGGUGUUUGGAACUGUUUCGGCAACGCCAGGAAUGUCCUCCAUGUCCAAGAGGCCUCGUGAGGAGGAGGAGGAGAGCGCCGCCACCCUGGUCACCGACACGGAGUCCGCCCAGGAGGACAGCGCCAGGGCUCCGAUCCCCAAGAAGCUGCGUAUCGUACAGAGAGUGGGUCCAGAGGAGGAGGUGCUGGUGGAGGACAGUGCUGAGGCGGUGGUGCUAACAGACAGUCAAGAUCGUGCAGAAGCAAGCCAGACGGAGGACUUCCCGGUCCUGGAGGAGGGAGAUGACGGUUCAGCCUCCCAGUCCAUCAUGAUAUACCAAGAGGUCACCCUGACCCAGAGUGACUCUCCUCACCAGUUGCAGCAGGAGGUCAUCGUCAUAGUGACGGACACGGAGAGUGACGAUGAAGAGGAUGAGGAAGAAGAAGAGGAGCCGGACUAUGAAGAGGAAGAAGAAGAGGAGGAGGAGGAAGACGAAGAGGACGAGGAGGAAGACGACGGAGAGAUGGAGGAAGGAGAAGACAGCAACGAGGGAAGCGGAGACGGCAAUGAGGCCUACGAGGAAGACGAAGCAGAGGGCGCUGACGUCACCGACCUGGGCACGGAGACGGAGGAGAGUCUGGGGGCGUCCGACUCUACCCAGCGGCCGGCCGACUCCCAGACCGGCUUCGACGGCUCGAUGGAGGCGUCGUACGCUGCGGAGCAGCCAAUCAGCAGCUCCGGUUCCCGGUUGCCUCAGUCGCCACGGAGACCGACACACCUGCUGCCCCCCCGCCUGAACAUCGCCCCGACGUCAGAGCUUGGACCGCCCGCUCAGGUUCAGCGUAUCCCAGUGCGUCGCCAGUCGGUCGGCAGAGUCCCGACGCUCACCCCCGGGGUGCCGGUCAGUUCCCACUUCUUUGAUGACGAUGACCGGAUGGUUCCCAGCACGCCGACUCUGGUGCUGCCGCAGCGCUCCGACGGGUUCGACCAGACGAUCCAUUCUCCCCAGGUAGCCGGCGUGCCUCGCUUCAGGUUCGGUCUCUCGGACGACGUUCCUCAGACCUCCUCUUCCUCUUCCUCGCACUCGGACCUGGGACAGCUGGCCUCGCACGGAGGCCUCGGGAUGUACGAAAGCCCGUUGUUCCUGGCGACGCACGAAGAGGAGUCGGGCGGACGCACCGUCCCCACCACGCCGUCUCAGGUGUCGGCUCCAGUAACCAUCUUCUCGGAGGCGGCUCAGUCCGACGCCCCCGGUGACCACGCCUCCCAGUCGGUUCCCAUGGUGAGCACGUCCACGCCGGGCCCGGGAGCGGGCGGCGCCACGGAGGACGACGUCUUCCUGGAGCCCGACGCCGACCGGUCCAGUGCUGAGGUGCUGUUGGACCCGGUGGCCUCUCAGGGGGACUCUGAGGACCCGGGCCACCAGCCGGCCUGCCUCCCCUCCACCAGCCAGGAGCCGUCCUCCAGCUCUGCAGACACCAGCAGUGCGGCGCCCUCCAGACCCGGCUCCAGCCGGCAGCUGCAGCGCUGGCCGGAGCACCGCGGGGGGCGCAUGAAGAGAGGAGGUGGGUUUCCUUCUCGAGGAGUUCACGGGCGACGAUUCGCCAGAUGAGGGUCGAAAAACUGACCGUGACCAGAGUUUUCCCGUGUGUUCAAAUUCCAAUAUCCUAGUGAUGAUGAUGAUGAUCACUCAUUCUGACGCCUGUUGUUUUUAUUUUUUUGGGAUGUCUCCAGUGUUUUUAUGAAGAAUGUAAUAAACUUUAAAAGCUGUAAGACAAAA